CCUUUACUUUGAUUUGAUUUGGUUUUUGCAUGUGUCAUUCUUAUCGUGGAAUGGCCUGUCAAUCCAAUUUCCGCCAGCUAUUUCCACCUAUUACAGGAAACUAACUUGAAAUCAUUAUAUAUUUUUAUGAAAAACUUACCAUAAUUUAUAAGCUAUCUAUCGGCUUUCUCUAUUUUGAGUUGCGAAUUAAUUGAGAGAUAGCGGGGGAGGAGAGGCAUUUCCAUUAGUGGUUACUAGUUAAUUGUUGUAGAUUUUCUAUGUUCCCUGUAAUCUGAAUUUCGCGGCUAUAUUUGGGCGCAGAUUGUGUCUAAAUUUGUAUAGUUCUUAAAUUGAGAUUUUUUUUUUUUUUUCCCUCUGAUAUUUCCGGGUUUAGUCAAAUUUAGUACUACGCUUCCUCAAUGGUUGUAAUUUCGUGGUUAAUUUCAAUGGAGUAAUACCAUGGAUGCUUUCUUCUUCGAUUCUUUGUCCGUUUUUCACAAUUUUCCCUUCCUCCUUGCAAUUAAUUGGGAGCUUUGGCUGUCUUCGUGAACGAGCUUCUUUUGACUGGUACAAAAAACGAUGCAGUGUGCUCUUGAAAAAAGUAGUGAAUUUCAGAAAGUUCCAGACAAAGGAAAGCAGUUAUUAGAAGUGAAAAUUCAGGAAGAUAAUUGUUCAAGAAGAAUUAAGGAUUCUGAAGUUUCUUCUUUUGAAUGGAGGAACUUUUUUGAUUACAGAUCUGCCGUCAUUAGUAUUCUUACACUGGAAUCUGAUGGGCUCUGGAGAAUUGUUGCACUACCAUUGCAAGGCCUAGAUAGCUUGCAUGUGAGCUGCCUGCCUCAAAUGAAUCAGUUUACAGCUGAUAGAAAAUUGGUGCACAACGGCCCUGCCUCUAAUGGCACAUACUCAGUGAAUUCAUUCAGAUGUAGAAGCUUGUUGGAGUCGAAUAAAAACUUAUUGGAUAGUAAAGCAUUUAAGUCGUCAAAUAAAGCUUCCUGCAAAUUCUCUUGGAGGAGUUCAUGCUCCAGCUCUGCUUUGAUAUCAGGUGACUCUAGUGCAAUCUCUGACAUCCCCAUUGGUGAAGAUAAAAUUCAGAGAUAUGGGAAGAAAAAUUCAAGAAAGAAGGCAAAAAAGAGGGAUAUAGAAUGUAAGAAGACAUCUUCUGAUUUUGUCUCUGCUGAAACAGAAGUCUCGUCCGAGGAUUCUGCUCGUGAAAGUUCAUUGUUAGAAGUUCGUGGCAAUAAUGGUUCAGAUUGUAGAGAUGGAUCUGUUUUGUGUUCGACGGCACGAGAAACUUUCCCGUCAGAUUCUCGGGCCAGUAAAAAUGAUUUUAAACGAGAUUCUGAGAGGAUUAUUCAGCCACUUGGAACCACAGAUUCAAUAUCCUCUGAAAUUGUUGAGGGGGAUGCAUCUGAGAUUCCACCUUCUGCAACAAAGAAUUCUAUUGGGGAUUAUAAUGGUUAUGGAUCUGAAAAUCAGCCCCUUAUCAAAGCACCUGGUUGUACCCGUUUCGAUGGGGAAGUAGAUCGAAAAGAAAGGCUAUUUAAUGGCUGUUGCAAUGAUUUUUGCACUAAGGAUUCUUUUGAUAAUAAUUCCCCAGAUUCUAACUGUGAUAGUCAUACCUUGAAAUUAACUGAAAAUGAGGGUUUUGGAAUUGAUCUCUUGGAAGGACAGAAUUCCCCUUCUAGAGAGAAUGAUUGUUCUCAUCACAACUCCGUAAGAGAUGGAGUGGACGUUAAUGCCGAAGCAGAGAAAGCUAAUCAUGGUAUUCAGGGAUGUACUGCUAGUGAAACGUGCUUGAUUUUACCUGGAAAGAAAACUAAACAGAAUAAAAAAUUGUCUGGGAAUUCUAGGACGAACAGAUUUGGUGGUAUGGGGAGUUCGCAACGGUGUACCGGGAAGGAAAACAGCCGUACUGUCUGGCAAAAGGUUCAAAAGAACAACAGUGGUGGAUGUUGUGCACAGUUGGACCAGGUAAGUCCUAUUAGCAAACAGUUAAAAGGCAUAUGUAAUCCUGUUGGUGUGCAAACGCCAAAGGUCAAGGAUAAAAAAACUGGGAAUAGAAAACAACUGAAAGACAAAUUUUCCAAGAGGUUGAAAAAUAAGAAUAGUUCAGAACAAGAUAAGAUCUAUCGUCCUAGUAAGAGUAGUAGUGGUAGUAAUACUAAUUCAAUGGCGCACAAUCGACCAAAUGAAAGAUUGGUUAUUCCAGCUAUGGGCUUUGACAUGAGUAAAUCAAGUAGCGGUUCAAGAGCUCCGUUUCAGAAUGAUUCUACUGAUAAAUUCAUGACUUCUGAAUCGUCUGAAAGUACGCAGGUCUGUCUGGAUGGGUCGAUGUCAGACAAACUUAUCUCCGAUGGUUUGAAUAAUCAAAGAGUAGAGAAUGAGUCCAGCACAUCGCUCGGGUCAUGCAGCUCCGUAAAUCAGUCAAAUCCGUUAAAGGCUCAGUCUCCUGUUUACGUUCCUCAUCUUUUCUUUCAAGCAACAAAAGGAAGUUCACUUGCUGAACGCAGCAAGCACAGCAACCAAUCUAGAUCACCUCUUCAAAACUGGGUGCCAAGUGUGGCAGAGGGUUCCAGAUUGACGACUGCGUUGGCCAGACCUGAUUUUUCAUCUCUGAAAGAUGCAAAUAAGCAACCUGCUGAGUUCGGUAUUUCAGAAAAAUCAAUUCAAGAAAGUGUCAAUUGCAACUUACUAGAUCCUGUUUCUAAUGUUAUUGAGGCGAUACAGCAUUCUAGAGAUGGAAAUCAUGAUCCUCUAGAAAAGGAAUGCGAGGCGCAGGAGUCGCACGGUCAUGAUACAAACGCAUUACAGGAUCAUAGGUGCGAGCUUGAUGUGGAUGAGCAUUUUAAUUGCAAAGCCACAUGUGGAGAUGCAACAAGAAUUGAACAGGUAGUGAAUAGUGCAUGUAAGGCACAAUUGGCAUUUGAUGCUGUUCAUCAAAUUGCAGAGUUCGAAAGAUUCCUUCAUUUGUCCUCUCCUGUUAUUAGCCAAAGACCCAACUUAAGAAGUUGUGAAAUUUGCUCAAAAAAUUCGCUAGGCGAUGUGAUACCGUGUAGCCACGAGACUGCCAACAUUUCUUUGGGUUGCCUGUGGCAAUGGUAUGAAAAACAUGGCAGCUAUGGCUUAGAAGUAAAAGCCAAUGGUCAUGAAGGUUCAAAUGGAUUUGGUGCUGAUAACUCUGAAUUCCAUGCAUAUUUUGUUCCGUUUCUUUCGGCUGUUCAACUAUUUAAGAGCCAUAAAACUCAUUCUGGAGCAACUACUUGUCCUGUGGGUUUAGAUUCACGUGUAAGCGAUAUAAAAGCGAACGAGCCCCCAACUUCUCAACUUCCAAUAUUUUCAGUCCUUUUCCCCAAGCCUUGUACUGAUAAUGCCAACGUUCUCCAGGCCUGUAGUCAGCUUCAUAGUUCAGAGGAAUCUUUGGCUUCUGAGAAGAGGAACUUUUCUGAACAAUCUGUUGACUCAAAUUUAUCUGGAGAGUCGGAACUUAUUUUCGAAUAUUUUGAGGAGGAACAACCUCAGCAAAGAAGGCCGUUGUUUGAUAAAAUACGUCAGCUGGUCAAGGGAGAUGGAUGUCUUCGAGGAAAAAUAUAUGGGGAUCCAACCGUGCUCGAGUCCAUUACUUUGAAUGAUCUGCACGCUGGAUCAUGGUACUCAGUGGCAUGGUAUCCCAUUUAUAGGAUACCUGAUGGCAACCUUCGAGCUGCAUUUUUGACUUACCACUCACUAGGACAUUUCGUUUGUAGAACUUCCCAAUCUAGCUCCUCAGAAACUGAUUCUUGUAUAGUAUGUCCAGUUGUGGGUCUUCAAAGUCAUAAUGCACAGAAUGAAUGCUGGUUCAAGCCAAGAAUCAGUACGUCGACGUUUAAUCCUCCCGGAGUCGUUGACGAACGCCUGAGGACGCUGGAAGAGACAGCAUCCCUCUUGGCGAGAGCCGUUGUUAAGAAAGGAAAUCUCAACUCCAGAAACAGACAUCCAGACUACGAGUUCUUCCUCUCACGACGAUGCUAGUUCAGCAACCAGACGUCUCGUGCUUAGAACUUAUCACAGGAAUUUCUUUCCUUUUGUAAAUACUCUUGAGAAUUCAGCUUAGGAUGAUAAUAGGACCUAACCUCAAGUAGGAUGUAAGCGCAGCUGAUCUUAGUCUUUGUUUACAGUGCUUUGUUCAUUUUCUGUGUUGUCUACUCUUUAACUCUUCAGGCAGUGUAACUUCCUUCUUCCAUCUGUUUAUAUUGAUUUGUACUCAAUUUUCUUCUCAUGUAAGAAUGAAAAAUCUCCUGGGUUUAUGGAGAUUGUUUGCAUUUUCUUGUUC